AUGGAGAUUGGAAAUCGAUUGUGGAUUUCAACACCUCAAUCUACCAACAACAACAAUAAUAAUAGCAGUAAUAAUAGUAAUAAUAAUAGUAGCAAUAUAAAUUGUAUUAGUGCAAUUGGUACACUACAAUCAAUCAACGGUAAUACAGUCAUAGUUAAAGAUUUGAUUAGUACUUGUAGUAGAUUCAAUCAUCAUUUAAAUAGUAUCAACAGUGACAAUAGUAGUAAUGGUAGUACGAUAGAGAUAAAUAAACAAUAUGUACACCCAUUUAAUAGUUUAGAUGAUUGUGAUUAUAGUGAUCUUGUUGGUAUAGAAGAUCUAACUGAAUAUAGUCUCAUUCAUCAUCUCGGUAAGAGAUAUAUAAAAGAUUCUAUCUAUACAUGGAUAGGUAAUAUUCUAGUAUCUAUCAAUCCAUUUAAAGAUAUUUCAUCAAAUAAUGUCAAUCUAUCUACCUAUGAACAACAACAACAACAACAAAAUGCAAGUGGUGAUAGCACCAAUUCAUCACCUAUACCUCAUGUCUAUUCAGUAGCAUCAAAAGCAUAUAAUCAACUAAUGAAUGAAUCUACCAAUCAAUCGAUUGUUAUUAGUGGUGAAUCUGGUAGUGGAAAGACUGAAUGCUCAAAAUCAAUCAUUCAAUAUCUUGUAGCUAAAAGUAGUUCAAAACAACAACAACAACAACAACAACAACAACAUCACAGUAAUAAUAAUAAUCAAAAUAAUAAUAAUAAUAAUAAUAAUAAUAAUAAUAAUAAUAAUAAUAAUAAUAAUAAUAAUAAUAAUAAUAAGAUUGAAAAAGAUUUAAUAACAUCAUCACCAUUAUUGGAAGCAUUUGGUAAUUCACAAACACCAAGAAACCAAAAUAGUAGUAGAUUUGGUAAAUUUAUAAAGAUUGAAAUCGAUUCGACAAGUGGUAUCAUAAGAGGUGCACAGAUAGAGACAUAUCUACUCGAAAAGAGUCGUAUUUCACAUCGUCCAGAUAAUAUUAAUCUAAACUAUCAUAUCUUUUAUUCAAUGGUCUAUGGAGCUUCAAAAGAUGAUCUAUCUAAAUGGUUUAUGAAUUCUACCAAUUCAAAUGCUAAAUCUUUUAGAUAUUUAAAUGCUCGUGAUGAUUUAAUAUCUAUUGUUGAAUCUAAUUAUUCAAACAAAAAUAGUAAUCAUAGUAAUAGUAAUAAUAAUAAUCAUUACAAUAACAAAACAGAAUCAAUUCAUAAUUUUCAAAAUCUUAAACAAUUAAUGUUGGCUAUAGAUAUGAAUGUAAAUGAUUUGGAUGCUAUAUUUAAAUCUUUGGCUGCUAUUCUUCAUAUUGGUAAUAUAGAGUUUGAAGAGGACUCUGAUUCAAAAUAUGCAUAUGUUUGUGAUAAAAGUACAGCAUCACUAGAAUCGGCUGCUCAAUUGCUAGGUGUCAUACCUUCCAUGUUUAGUGUUGCUCUUUUAAAUCGUAAACUAAAAGCAUCUGGUAGAGGUUCUGUUUAUGCUCGACCAAAUGAUAUUGCUCAAGCAGAGGAAAGUCGUGAUUCCUUAUCAAAAAGUUUAUAUGCUCGUAUCUUUAAAUAUCUUGUAGAUUCUAUAAAUAGAAAAUUUAAUCAAAAUAAUCAACAGAAUAAUAAUAACAAAAAGACAACAAAGUUUAUUGGUAUUUUGGAUAUUUUUGGAUUUGAAAAUCUAUCAAAUAAUAGUUUGGAACAAUUGUUGAUCAAUUUUACAAAUGAAAAGUUACAAAAUCAAUUCAAUCAGGCUGUAUUUCAUGAAGAACAAAAGGAAUACAUUUCAGAGGGAAUACAAUGGAGUAAUAGUUCCUUUAUUGAUAACAAGGAUUGUAUAGAUUGUAUAGAACGAAAAGGUGAUGGAAUAUUAUCAAUGUUGGACGAUGAAUCAAUCAUGCCAAAGGGUUCAGAACAAUCCUAUCUCGAAAAAUGUAACCAAAAAUAUAAAACUUCUCCAUCCCCGUCUACACCAUCUCCAUAUCAAAGAACGCUUGGAAAGUUGACAUUUGGUAUUAAACAUUUUGCAGGUGAUGUGGUUUAUCAUGUUGAUGGAUGGUUGGAAAAGAAUAGAGAUUCUCUAUAUAGCGAUAUAGAGGAUUUAAUGUUACAAGGUAACAAGUUUAUUAAAUCUUUAUAUAGUCAACAACAAAUAACAUCAACAACAACAACCACUACUAGGACAUCAGUUAAUGGUAACCCAUCAAUCAUGACAGGUAGAUCAUCUCCAUUACCAUCUUCACCAACAUCAACACCAAAAAGACAGACAGGAGGUAAUACAGUGUCUAGUCAAUUUUUAGGACAACUAUCACAACUUGUCCAAACACUCAAUUCAACGACACUUCACUAUAUACGAUGUAUAAAACCAAACCAACAAUUAGAAAACAAAUACGAUACUGUAGAGGUACUAUCUCAAUUACAAAGUGUAGGAUUAAUGAGCACCAUUCAGGUAAGAAAGAAUGGUUAUUCCUAUAGAAGAGAUAUAAACACAUUUUUCAAUAGAUUCAAAGUGUUGGUCGAUAUGUAUAAUAGGAAAAAUAAUAAUAACCCAAAAUUGGCAAGUCAAGAAAUAUUACAAAAUAUUCAAUCUAAAUUAAAAACCAUGGGUAUAUCAAACAACAAAAAAAAGAAUAACAGUAACAGUAACAGUAACAGUAAUAAUGAUAAACUUUUAUGCGCAAUUGGUAAAACCAAAAAUGAAAGAAAUUUGGUGGUGAAAAAGACGGUUCAAGUUAUAGAGAGAUAUAGAUUGGCAAAAAAACAACGUCAACUAUUUUUGGAAUCAAAGAAAAGAUAUCUCAUAUUACAAUGCGCAAUUAGAUCUACUUUGGCUAGAAGAAAUCUUGGUCUACUCGAUACGGAAAUGAAAAAGAAACAAAAAUUAGAGCAAGAACAAAAGUUGGAAGCCGAGAGAAAAUUACAAGAGGAAAAUAGGAAAAAACAACAAUUAUUGUUGGAAGAGGAAAAGAAAAGAAAAGAAAAGGAAAAACAAUUGGAAAAGGAAAGGGAGAAAGAAAAGGAAAGGGAAAAACAAAAGGAAAAGGAAAGAGAAAAGGAAAGACAAAAGGAAUUGUUAAAAGAAAAAGAAAUUCAAGAUAAACAAUUAUUAAUUAAAAAACAACAAGAGAAACAACAACAACAACAAGAAAAACAACAACAAUCACUACAAGGUAAACAAUUGGAAAUUAAAUCAGAGAGCAACAUUGAAGAACAACAACAACAACAACCAACUACUAUUUUUGAAAAGUGGAGAAGAAGAGAAGUUCAAGAUCAUCCAAACACUACUAAUACGAUCUACAACUAUAACAGUAGUUUUGACAGUAUCAAUGAGACAUUGUCAUCACCUGCCUCUUCCCCACCCUCCUCUUUAUCGUCUACAUCUUCUUCUUUGCCUCAAUCUUCACCACCAGAAAUUCCAAUCAAUGGUAGUAGUACAGGACAAAGGAUCUCUUCAACCAACAAAUCCAUUUCAUUUGAUCAUGGAAAGAAUCCAGCCACUCCAAAUGCUCGUCGAUCUAGACUUCUUGUUAAAUCACCGUCGGCAGGAGAGAAUGACCUUGUUCCAUCCAUGUCACCAUCUUCACCUCAUUUAGUACCAUCAAUGACACCACAACAAUUUAGAUCAAAGAUUAUUGUUGAAAUCAUGGAAACUGAAAGAGAUUAUUGUCGUGAUUUACAAAUGAUGAUUGAAGUAUUCCUUGUACCAAUAAGAGAAAGAUCUCUAUUAAAUGCAAAGGAUAUUCAAACACUAUUUGGUAAUGUUGAGAUUCUUUCAAAUAUUAAUCAAACAAUGUUGGAAGAAUUGGAAAAGAAACCAACUUCAACAACAUCAACAACAACAAAUAACAAUAAUGAUAUUUCCAAUUCAUCAUCAAUUGUAGAUGAAUCAUCUUCCAAUAAUGUUGGUCAAGCAUUUUUAAAGAUGAGUCAUUAUUUAAAAAUGUAUACAUUUUAUUGUUCAAAUCAACAACAAGCAUUAAAAUUAUUAGAAGAUGAAACGGUUAGGAAUCAAGGGUUUAGAAUAUUUUUAGAGGAUAGAAUGACAGAUGUCAGGUGUCGUGGUCUACCUCUACUAUCAUUCUUGAUCAAACCAGUACAAAGAAUAUGUAAAUAUCCACUCUUGUUGAAAGAGAUUUUAAAGUAUACACCAGAGGGUCAUCAAGAGAGAGAAGCUCUGGUAGAGGCUGAUAAAAAGAUUCAAGACGUUGUAUCUUCCAUCAAUGAAGGAAAAAGAGAUGUUGAAAUGUUUCAAAAGAUAUUUGAAAUUCAAUCGUCUAUUGAAAAUAUCGAAUCAAUCGGUGAAAUUGUCAUGCCCGGUCGAGUAUUACUACAACAAGCACAGGUAACUGGUGUACGUGAACUUACAAACCCAGAUGACACACUUCAAAGAACCAUCUUUUUAUUUAAUGAUCUCAUUUUAAUACUCGGGCCCACCUCUGCUAGGUCAAUGGUCAACAAUCUAAUCACUAGCAAUAACUAUACGAGUGGUAAUAGAACAAGAUUUAUUUAUCGUGCCAAAGCUUCUAUUCAAAUUUCAUCUGCUCGUAUCAUGUUUGUUUCAGAUAGUGAUUCUGUAAAAUAUGCAAUUGAAUUAUCAAAUACCAAUUCAAAGAAUCAUGAAUCAUUUAUUCUAUGUUUCCAAAAUGAUCAACAAAGAUCAACAUGGUUGAAACAAAUUAAAUCAAUGAUUCAAGAAUAUAAAUUUAAUCAACUAUCAUCUCCUUCUUUGCUGUCCGUUGGUGGAGGUGGCGGUAGUAGUAGCAGUGGUGGUGGUGCAGGUUCAGUAGGUAGUGGUAGUGGCGGUGGUGGUGUUCAGUCUAGAUUCUUUAUUGGAUCAUCACCGAGCAGGAUUAAUCUACUACUAAGAGAUCGAUCAUGGAAAAAUUCAAGUACUGGUUCCUUACCAAAUCAUCCUCCUAAUCCAAACACUCCUCCUCCUCCUUCUAAUAAUAAUAAAUAA